AGCUCUGUCUCCGGUAUGAACUCUGAAUUCCUUUUUUCAGUUGGUCACAAUGGCAGGUGAAGAAAUGAGUGAAGACUAUCCUGUAGAGAUUCACGAGUCUUUAUCAGCCCUGGAGAGCUCCCUGGGUGCCGUGGACGACAUGUUGAAGACCAUGAUGUCUGUUUCUCGGAACGAGUUGUUGCAGAAGUUGGACCCACUUGAACAAGCAAAGGUGGAUUUAGUUUCUGCAUAUACAUUAAACUCAAUGUUUUGGGUUUAUUUGGCAACUCAAGGAGUUAAUCCUAAGGAGCAUCCAGUGAAGCAAGAAUUGGAACGAAUCAGAGUCUACAUGAACAGAGUCAAAGAAAUAACAGACAAGAAGAAGGCUGCCAAGCUGGACAGAGGUGCUGCUUCGAGAUUUGUCAAAAACGCUCUCUGGGAACCAAAACAAAAAAGCACGCCCAAAGCUGCUAAUAAAGGGAAAAGUAAACAUUAACCUUUCGGUUUUGAUGUACAUGUUUUCAAAAAGUACAUCAUUUGUAUCAGUUUACAGAGUAGGUGGUUAUGUGGCCAUGCAGUAUUUAAUGGAUUCCUUUUUGAAUUCACAUAUACAUUUGUGUAUUAAAUUUGUGAUACUGAAUUUUUUUUUGCUGAGAAAGAUUAAGUUGUCAUUAUUGAUUUUCAUAUAAAGCAUCAUGAUGUUUUUAAUAUUAUAAGAUAUUCUAUAAGCAAUUGUGAAAUCCAAAUGUUCUUUGUAAACAUUUGUAGUGUUUUAAGUGAAUAAU